GACUAUGAGCAAUACUAUUUCUAAAAUAAUUGUUCCUCUUGGAAAACAGUUGAAAAUUGAAAAAUUGAUGAUUAUAAUUUUAAGUAACUCAGUAAAAAAAAUGGUCUCAGUAAAAUAUUUUCUAUUUGCUAGAAAUUUGAAUGAUUAUAUUAAUUUCUUAUCAGAAAUAUACAAAUAUACAAAAAGUAAUCUAAGGCUUGUUCAAGUAAAAGAAGGCCUCAGCAUUAGUAGACAAGAAAUUUACAAAGUUGUAUUAGAAAUAUGA